AUGCUUGCCUGCGUGGGCUACAUCAUCCCGGAGUACUUCCGCUGGCCCGGCUACCUCUCCCCCGAGAAGGGCCUCAAGUUUUCGGAGAUGCCCCACGGCAUCGCAGCGAUCUCGAAGGUUCCUCUCGAGGGCUGGCUGCAGAUCGUUCUUUUCAUCGGCCACUACGAGGGAUAUUUCUGGCGCCAAGAUGCCAAGCGAGCGCCUGGUGACUUCGAAGGCUAUGGCUUCCUGGGUGUGGGCAAGAACUUCAUUAUCAACGUGGACCCGAUCGAAUUCCAG